UAAUGAUUGAGUUUGGUCAACUUUUGUCUCUAACCUAUCUGAAGAACACAUGUCGGGACCUCAGUGCUGUGAAAACCCGCCGGCUCUUAAUCCGGUCUCCGGGUCGGGUCAUGUGGAGAAGCUGGGUGGGCUUGAUGCUUACAUCUCUGGCUCUCCCGAUUCCUCCAAGUUGUGCGUCAUCCUCAUCUCUGAUGUUUUUGGGUAUGAAGCUACAAACUUGAGGGCGCUUGCGGAUAAGGUUGCAACUUCUGGAUUCUAUGUCGUGGUUCCUGAUUACUUCUACGGAGAUCCUUUUGAUCCUUCUAAUCAAGAGAGACCCAUCCCUCUCUGGCUCAAAGACCAUGGCGCUGAUAAGGGAUUUGAAGACACAAAGCCAGUAAUUGAAGCCUUAAAGAGCAAAGGCAUAACUGCUAUUGGAGCUGCAGGGAUGUGUUGGGGUGCAAAAGUGGUGGUGGAAUUGUCUAAGCAAGAGCUUGUUCAAGCAGCUGUUCUGCUUCAUCCUUCUUUGGUCACGGUCGACGAUAUCAAGGGUGUGAAGGUGCCAAUUGCUAUACUAGGAGCUGAGAUUGAUCAGUUGUCUCCACCUGCGCUCUUGAAGCAAUUUGAGGAGAUUCUUGCUGCCAAACCUGAGGUGAAUAGUUAUGUGAAGAUACACCCUAAAGUAGCACACGGUUGGACAGUUAGGUACAAGACGGAUGACCCAGAGGCGGUUAAAGCUGCAGAAGAAGCUCACAAAGAGAUGCUUGAUUGGUUUGUGACUUACGUUAAAUGAAUGAUCAAAUUGGCUACUACUACUACUAGUAGCAGUAGUGUUUAUAAAUGAAAAAUAAAGAGAGAGACUUAAGUAUGAAACUCUUUGUUGGUGUCUCCACUCACUAUACCUGUUUGGAAGUUGCUAUGUUGUGAGUUUGGUCUAUGAUGCUGAACAUCUAUAGAAAAACGUAUUUUGGCCAAAAAAAAAAUAUCUAUAUAAAUCUGUUUUCAAAUAA